GCGGGCUCUCAGUGACAGGAGGAAGAAGCUCUGGUGACUGGCAGCCGGGGAUCCAACCUUCAAAAGCCGGCUGUUCUUUUUUCCUACUUCCUUUCCAUUUUUUUACGUAAACAGGGAUUUAUGGCUACCAAAGGGAUGAAUCUGUGCAAUGUCUGCUGCCUGCUUCUCUACGUUAUUUCGGCGGUGCUUGCAGGGCGAGAUUUCUAUGCUAUCUUGGGGGUGACAAAGAGUGCAUCAAUCAGGGACAUAAAGAAGGCCUACAGAAAGCUGGCUCUUCAGUUACACCCCGACAGAAACCAGGACGACCCCAAAGCUGCAGACAAAUUUGCAGAUUUAGGAUCAGCUUAUGAGGUGCUCUCAGACGAGGAGAAGAGGAAACAGUAUGAUGCUUACGGAGAAGACGGGCUCAAAGAGGGUCACCACGGCUCUCACAACGACAUCUUCUCCAGCUUCUUCGGUGACUUUGGGUUCAUGUUUGGAGGAAACCGACAGCAGCAGGACAGGAACAUCCCCCGAGGAAAUGACAUCAUACUAGACCUGGAGGUCACGCUUGAAGAGGUGUACUCUGGGAACUUUGUGGAGGUUGUUCGUGUAAAGCCGGUAGCUAAAGAAGCCCCCGGCAAGAGGAAGUGUAACUGCAGGCAGGAGAUGAGGACGACUCAGCUCGGACCUGGACGCUUCCAGAUGACUCAGGAAAUGGUGUGUGACGAGUGUCCCAACGUCAAGCUGGUGAAUGAAGAGAGGACGCUGGAGGUAGAGAUCGAACAGGGAGUGAGAGAUGAAAUGGAAUACCCCUUCAUUGGAGAGGGGGAACCUCACAUCGACGGGGAGCCUGGAGAUCUACGCUUCCGCAUCAAAGUGCUGAAACACCCGGUGUUUGAGCGCAGAGGAGACGACCUGUACACCAACGUCACCAUCUCCCUGGUGGAGGCUCUGAUCGGCUUCGAGAUGGACAUCGAUCACCUGGACGGACACACGGUCCACAUAGUGAGGGAUAAGAUCACGAAGCCCGGAGCUCGGAUGUGGAAGAAAGGAGAAGGUCUGCCAAACUUUGACAACAUCAACAUCCGAGGGUCCCUCAUCAUCUCCUUCGACGUGGAGUUCCCUCAGACGCAGCUCGACGAUCAGCAGAAAGACGGUAUCCGGGGUCUUCUGAAGCAGGGCUCUGUACAGAAGGUUUACAACGGACUACAAGGAUACUAAUACACCAACACACACACACAACCUGGACUGAGAUAUCUGACACACACACACACACACACACACACACACACACACACAGAGACACACACACCGACACACACAUCUUCUAUCAUGAGGACUGUGCUCCGUAGUUCUGACCAGGGUGUAUUUAUUAUUUUCAGAUUGUUCUCAGGAUGGCUUGAACCCAACUGGUUUUUAAUGUUCUACAUACUGGCAGCAGUGGCUCAAUUGCAGAUGUUUUAUUGGAGCUGUAUAAAACGGAGAUGAUGCCAUGUCUUUGUGUCCCCACGUUCUAUUGUAAUAAGGCCUUUUUAAAAAGCCGAUUCACAUCUUUCUAUCUGAGAGAAGAUAAACAAACACUGUUUACUAAUGCGUCAACCACUCUGAGUACGAACCCAACAUCUGCUGACAAACAUCUGGAGAGGAAGAACAACAUCCAGCAGAUGUUCUGCUAUUUUUAUUAGUUUUAUGAAUGUAACAGCUCCACCUGUCCACUGACUUUGCUCUGGUCAGACUCCUGUUCAAUAACACUUUGUAAAUAAGGAAGAAAAAAACCCCUCUUUUGUUUCGUUUCCUAAUUUAUGUUGCCUCCUCUUCUGUUUACUCAUCGCAACGGGAGACCUGUCUGCAUUGCAAACCCCCAGAUCUGCUGUUCAAAGAGUUGACCUCUUUAAUUAAACAGUGCAUUUUUAAUAUGCUGGAGGAGAUGGGGUUGGGGGGUGGUUCGCCUAUCCUUCAGUGCAUCUAUAGGAAUGUCAGACCAGGAAGCAUCCCUUUUAGGAAUUCACUUCUGUUUUUACCGUCGACUGCAACACAAUGUUAUGAGAGUGUCACGGCCUUAUGGGGAUGAUGUACUUUUCAUUUAUGAUAAAAUAAAGAUUUCCACAAGUUCGGAUGAGGUGUCAUACCCCAGACUCACCAGCAGGGGGCACCAGAGUCUAAUGAGUGGACUUGUCAUACCCUCAA